CCAUAUACGAACCAUGGGUGUUAAUAUCAAUUUUUUCUUUAAAAAAAAGAUUAUUGAGCUCACAUAGCUCAAUUUUCCAUCUGAGCUCCUGAAGCCAGAGCUCUUCUAUGGCGGCUCGCGGGCAAGCUGGGCAACCCAGAUACAACACAGGAACUACUUCAUCUUCCUCAGCGGGCAAAUUCCUACCCAAUCGCGCUCAAAUUCAAGAAAACCCUCACAACCUCAAGAGCAACAACCGUCGAAAAGACUACAAUGAAGCCGAUCUAGACGUUCACAAUCUUCCCUCCUUGAUUGGAACCUGCCCGUUCAUGUGCCCGGUUGAGGAGAGGGAGACCCGAGAGAGGCUGCGGGAUUUAGCUGUUUUUGAGAGGCUGAACGGGGAUCCAAGCAAAUCAUCUCCUAGUCUCGCUGUUAAAAAGAACUAUAUCUACAAAGUAUGUCAAAGAUUCUGAUUUGCGGCCUCUGCCAGUAUUGGAGGGAACUCUAGACUAUCUUUUUAAUCUGUUGCAUUCUACAACACGUCCUUUUGAGGUUGUGCAUGACUUCCUGUUCGAUAGGUCAAGAUCCAUCAGGCAGGACCUUAGCAUGCAAAAUUGCAGCGGUACAAAAGUGAUAUCUAUGUAUGAGAGAAUGGUAUGCUCAUAUCUUGUUCACCAUGUAAAUUUUCUCCUGCAAUGUUGAGUACUUUCUAUUAAUGGCGAAUGCUAUAUACUUUUAUUCAAUGUUUUUUACCAUAUACAUACUCUAUCU